CCGAGAGCCAGUGAACGCUGCGUGGACCUGAACUGAGCUGAGGGGUUUGACGUCAGUGCGGUGCACGUUAGUUCUCGUCCCUGCUGGUCGGGGUACGAGUAGGGAGCUGGUCUCACCUAAAAGAAGUGUCUGGGACACUCCAAUCUAUUUAUUCUAUAAGUUACACACAGAUGAGCAUGAUGGAAGUGGUGGAAGGAUACAGGGUCGACAGAAGGCAGGAGAUGAGGGCAGCGGCCCCAGCUGAAGGAUAUGUGAAGGAGUUCACACGCCACUCCAACGACGUGCUACUGAACCUGAACGAACUCCGGCACCGCAACAUCUUGACUGACACCACCCUGGUUGUUGGCAACGUGCACCUACGGGCACACUGUGCAGUGCUGGUGGCUUGCAGUGGGUUCUUCUAUUCGUUCUACACCCGCCGUGUGCUGCUUCAGGGCUGUGGUGGGAGCAGGGAGCAGCUUAUGACUGUGUCUCUCCCCAACACCUUGGACCCAUCCAGCGUCUCCCUGCUGCUGGACUUCAUGUACACGUCCCGCCUGCCUCUGACGACUAGCAUUGUCCCCGGGGUGCUCGCUGCUGCAACCCACCUGCAGAUGGACCACGUGGCCAAUACCUGCCGGGAUUUCAUGCAGCUGCACAGCAGGGAGAAUAUGAGUGCAAGACACCCCCAAAUGGAGCUGGAUUCCAGGGUGUCUCUAGCCUCUGUAUCCCCUAAAGGAGGGGACCUGCCUUAUCCAGGACCGCAGCAAUUUCUCCCAACGGCAGGAGCAACCAGGGUCCCUGCGGAGGUUGGGGGCUCUCUCAAGCCAGGGGCUUUCCCGACCUGCCAGCCCGGGUCAAAAGAGUUGAAAGGAGAGCCUGAGUCGCCCCUCAUGGGCACCCCAACUCCAUCUCCAGACAGCCCUGCCCGCUCCAGCUGCCAGCCGAACUCUCCAGCCGAGUCUAAAACCUGUAACAAAAACCUUGUGAGUGAUACCAAAGCCACACCAGACCCAAAGGCCUGCAAUUGGAAAAAAUACAAGUACAUUGUGCUUAACCCUCUCUGUGCUGCGACAACGGUGAAGGAAGAGGAGACAGAGGAACCGCAAAGUCACUCAUCACCAAUCGCCGACAGGAUGGCCAUGACACCCACAGCACCAACAGAGGCGUGGUCUGGAGAAGUGCCUGGUCAGAUUGAUAGACAGGGGCAGGCCUCCUGCUACGAGGGUUCUGGCCGAGCCCCUCCCCUCGGGCCACCCCCCUCUGUGGGUCACCAAACAUUGUCUCCCACUCACAAGGAGGAAACAGUCUCACCCUGCACCACUAUCCCAAAACAUCACCCUACUGAUCCAGAGGCCGCUCAUCACAACCAGCCGGCAAUAAAGAGAGAGAACUACUAUGUGCCCUACUGUUACCCCGGCAACGUCGGGGGAACCAAGACUACUUGCUCAGGUGACAAGCCGUACCGCUGUAAUGUGUGUGGAGCCCAGUUCAACCGACCGGCCAACCUGAAGACUCACUCUCGCAUUCACUCUGGAGAGAAACCUUACCGCUGUGACACCUGCGGGGCUCGAUUUGUUCAAGUUGCCCAUCUCAGGGCCCACGUCCUGAUCCAUACAGGGGAGAAGCCUUACCCGUGCCACACCUGCGGCACCCGCUUCCGCCACCUGCAGACCCUGAAGAGCCACCUGCGUAUUCACACUGGAGAGAAGCCUUACACCUGUGAGAAGUGUGAUCUACACUUCCGCCACAAGAGCCAGCUGCGUCUUCACCUGCGUCAGAAACACGGGGCUGUCACCAACACCAAGAUCCGCUACAAGGUCCUGACUGAGCCCUACCAACCUAUUCUGCAGGCCUGCUGAAGACAUUUUGACCCCCAUUCAUACUGGACAUAAAAAAACCUAUUUAAAUCGAUAACAGAAUGUGAAAUUUGUGUUAUUAAUUGAUGAAUGACCCCUGCUCCAGUGAGGUUUUAAAUUGUAUCAGAAUCUUUUUUCUGAAUAUAAUUAACACACUGGUUAGUUGUCCAGAUGGGACUUCACUUGUAAAAAAAAAAAAAAAAAAACCCCAAAAAUGAUUGCAUUCGGAGAAAAAGAUGGACAUUUAAAAAUAACUGCGAGUCAUGUUUUUGGAUGAGGUUUUGAACAUUUUUGUUUGACUCAGAUGAAUUUAAAAGUUCCACUGGGAUUCUUGGGUGGCUUUGCUGUGAACUCAAAGUGAGAUAAUGUGGAAAAAAGUAAAUUUUGAAGGUCUGUGAAGGGAGAAAGAAAGAAAGAAAGAAAGAAAGAAAGAAAGGAAUGAGACGAGGGAAAGGUGAAAUAAUUUUGGUUGUGUGUAUGUGUAUAGUAUGUGAACAGUCUGAAAAGAAAGAUAAAGGAAGUUUUAUGAAGGAGCUGUGGUGAUUUUUGGAUGAACAGAUGUUGUUGAUUUUAAUACAGUUGGAAAUGAACAUUGAAAAAUACAAAAAAAAUUAAAUUAAAUUAUGAUGUCUGUUAAGAACUGUUAAGGUCCUGAAGUUUACUUCUUAAAUGUGUAUUUAACUCAAAUGUAUCUUAACCUUGAGGCCUGGGGCCGACAUGUUCUUAGUCCAAGCAGGCAAAGGACUUAGUUGAUUUGUACUGAAUAUAAAGUAAAUAAAUGAAAUGAUAUAUUGUUUUUUGAUAGGAGCAUUUGAAAAAGACAACUGUAAGCAAUUGGAUGAUUAAUAAUAAUAUAAGAAAUUGUAUGUGUAUGAGUUCAUUUGCUGGACAAAGAUGGUUUUGUACAAUUUAAAUUAAAUCUUUUUUUUAUCAAUUGGA